AUGGCCCAAAUAGCUAGUGCUCUUAAGGGUAACUCUAGUACUUCAUUGCCUAGUCAAGGUCUAGAUCCUAGGGAGAAAGCUAAUGCCAUUGUAUCCAGAAGUGGGAAAAACUUGGGGGAAGUCCAAGGGAAGGGUAUGCAAUGUGACUUAGAAGGUGCAUGGAACUUGGUGGAGGAAGUUGAAGAAGUGCCACGUGUUGUGACACAUAGCCGUGCUAAACUACUUGGUGGUCACCUCUCGGGGUUGACUACCAUCAAACUUGAAUUUUCAUAUCCUUCAUUGCGGAAUCCCACUCCUUGGGUUGUGCUUUCACUUCUUCCCAUUGUUGGAGGGGUGGCUCUUGCAUGUGUGACUGAAGCCUCUUUAAACUGGGCUGGUUUUUGGAGUGCUAUGGCUUCUAAUGUGACAAACCAAUCCCGUAAUGUCCUUAGCAAGAAGGUCAUGGUAAAGAAAGAGGAAUUAAUGAACAAUAUUACACUCUUCUCCAUAAUAACAGUUAUGUCCUUUAUACUAUUAGCCCCUGCGAUUAUUUUCAUGGAAGGUGUCAAAUUUACUCCUACAUACAUAGAAGCUGCUGGAUUGAAUGUCCAACAACUAUAUACAAGGUCCUUGGUGGCUGCUCUUUGCUUCCAUGCUUACCAGCAGGUAACUCCCCCCCCCCAACACACACACAAAUUUUGUAAUUGUGUUGUUUUUGCUAUUGCAGAACAUUUUCCUUAUAAACUGUACUGUAUCUUGAAUCUUGACAUGCUUUUAGCAUCAUAUCUUUGCAAUGCCGCGUCUCAAUCUCAUGGAAUUGAUGAUUUGUUGUUGCAUGCUUAUUGUGUCUGCUUUUGUAACUUUUGUUUCUUUUGUGUCUGCGGAAUUAGUUUUACAUGGUAGAAUGUAGGAGCCUAUGAAUUGUUCGUAUAUUGGA